UAGACUGGGACUCUGUAUAUAAAAGUCACUAUCAAUAUAAUGUGGAGGUCUAGAUUCUAGCAACCAACUAUAGAUCUACCGCUAUACUCAUCUACAAGAAUCAACAUGCGGCUAGCUGUUCCUACAAUCGUCACACUACUUUUUCUAGCCACUCCGAUACUCGUUCUAAGCUUAAGACAUUGCUCUCGCAGCCGACUAGACCUGUAUCCAUGCAAUCCAGAUGUGAUUGUUCCUAUGCCAAAUCGCAAUCAAUAUGGAGUGUACUCAACUCGAAUCAGAGGCAAUGUAGGCAGUGAAUACUGUGUACUGCGCAAAAGUGGUCACUUUAUUCAAGAUAUCGACACCAUAGCGACAGCUGAUAUAAUGUUGUUAUUCUCACCAGGAUUCCAGCUUCAACCUAAAAAAAAUUACUUGAAUGAAAUGAUUGUUGAAUACAACAUUGAUUGUGGGCCAGGGAAAAGUGCAUAUCUUUCUAUCAAUGAGUUGGAUCUAGAGCCACGAAACUGUCAUAUUUCUGAAAGGGAUCAAUGUCAGGACUAUAUUGAAGUGAAAAGUGGAAACGGAGGCAAAAGAGAAUUCUGUGGCAAUGAUAAAGGAGACAUGUUUUUUGCAACUGGUAGUUUCAAAGCUAGACUAAGAACAAGUAAGAGAGUAAAUUUUCUUGGAUUUUCGGCAUCAGUUAUCUGUUUCAAUAUGGAUCCUCCUUCCAGCCAGCGAACAUCUAUUAACAGGAGACCCGAAUCUAAUUCUGGUUCUUGCACCCAUGUCCAACCAAAUGAUUUGUUUGCUAAAUCUUCUCGAUUGAACAAGAUUGCUGAAAGCAGCUAUAUUGAAGUACUACAAUCAGAAGACACAGCAAAGCUCAAGCCUUUGGAAAACACCACACCAUCUGCACCUACUCUAAAGCUAACAUCAUCUGAGAAGAAAGUUUUGGAUAUGUUGCUUGACCCUCUAAUUAGAAAUGGCCUCAAAGCUGCAGAAAAACACGCUCCUUCUGUUUGGCCUCCUGUGGAGUUUGAUGAUGACAUAGAUGAUGAUGUGAGCUUUUUGGGAUUGACAAAGAAGCCUACUGACCGAAUAAUUAUACCACCACCACCUACAUUGGCUCCAUAUUAUAAACGAAGAUCCACAUUGGGUCCACGUGAUUAUUACCGAAGAUCUGUUUCUCAAGAUUUGGAAGUUAACCGAGUUGCUGUUGCCUAUCAAGAGGCCUGCAAUCCUGUAUUGAAGGCAGCGACGAACAGUAUCCUCAACGUUGUUAAGAGAUCCACGCCUUUUUAUUAAACACAACGCAGUGCAAUCAAUGCCUUCUCAAUGCCUUUCCCCAGUCGUAGGUAAGUUUCUAUCAGGAAACUAAAUUGCAACUCCUUUCUAUGGAUUACUAUAAAUAUCUGUUGGCUCCUACUCUAAAUACAAGUACAUAACUUACUUAAAUACUUCUACGCCCGUAUGAGAUAUACAUAUAUAUAAUAGAGUGAGGUCGGGUUGGGAAUGAGGCUAUUAGUUAUAGUGUCAUGCAUUUUACAAUAAUUAAUUAAUAGAACCAGGAGCAGGAACUUACUACGCAGAUUCUGUAUCAUCCUGCUAUGUACGAACAUUGCCAUAAUUAUAAUUAUUAUGUCAAACUAUGGCUAGCUCGUACAGUGCAUGGUAGCUGAUACCAUGCACUGUACGAGCUAGCUAGCCAUAAUUCAUUUGUUUGCACUU